CCGAUACUGGUUUCUUCUUUCUUUUUUAUCUAGAUAAAUGGACUCUGUACCGUCAGACGAGGACAUCGUGGCGUUUGCCCCCAUCAUCGUGAUCCUCUGCACGCGUUUCUUUUUUUCUUCAUUAAAAUGUUCCAAGGCUAUUCCUCCUUAAAUUCUAACAGAGAAAAACACCGUUAAAAGGUGGUCUUGUAAAAUGAAAGCAACCCAUCUCGAAAGCGACCAGAAAAUUGUUGAAAAGGCACGCAAUGUACGAUCCAUACUUUCAAUUUUCAAAAUACCAAUACAAAUAGAAGCCAGGCCCUCUCAGCUUGUGACAAAAACAUUCUCCUAUGAUAAAUCUGCCUCCUCAAUCUCAGGUAGCCUCUAAGCAGCUCCUACCACACGAAGAAGCCCAAGGGACAUGGUAAGGCGCACUGAGAGCUUCACCAGGACAGAUGAGGCCAACUAGUAGAUGUACACUCCGCAAAAGGGAGGCUUCAUUGCCGAGCCGUGGAAAGGGUUGUAACGCUAGUUAGAGUACGUUCAUCCUAUCUAGAAGCCGAAUCUGGCUUGAUGACGGAAGCAGACCAUGUAGAAAUGAACAGGAGGUGGAAGGUCUGAACAUCGGUUCUACGCGAUGAUUCAGGCGCUUGCUAACGCCUUCAAGCGCCUGACGAGGACCUGAUAUCGAAGGACGUGCCUCAUUAGACCCUGAAGGAGGGAUUGGUGCACCAGAGGGCUGUCGUGGAUGCUUCUGUUUUUGUGAUUACGUCCUUUGGCGAAGAGCAGAAGUGUCCUGCGGGGAUUUAGUUAUGUUCAGUUGCGGUUUGGCUGAAUGUGAUGACAGCAGAACAAGACAUCAGUACAGGGUCCGUCACAGAUCGCGGGAACGGCA